UAAUCACAGGCAAAGCUCAGUCUGUCAAGGCAGAGGUUUUCUUCUUUGGUUCUUCCCUUUUUUGUAUUUAAGUUAAAUCUAAUUAUGGUAUUGUGUAACAGAGUAGGUUUAAAGGUAGCAACAACAUUGCAUGGCCUAGUCUAACACUUAGAGCAGAACUGAAGUUCAUGCAAAUUCUUUUUUGGCUUGUAGACUAUGAAACAGCCUCCAGAAACAGUAAUUUGACCUUAUUGGGCAAACUGGAAGACAUGGAAACACAAUUAGAGACACCUGUUCCUGUGAAAAUGAGGAGCAAGUAGACAUUUUCCUUGUAAAGGAGAAGCAAGGGGAGAGAAGCCUGUACUGGGGUGGUGGCAGAAUGAGGCUCAGGUCCUUUGUGCUACUUUGGUACUUUGGAAGAAUGAAUUGGCCUCUAUUUCUGGAGCCUGCUCUCUGCAGAGGGGUGACAAGAGCAUGCUCAGACCCCAGAGCAGGUCCAGGUGACCAUGAUUAAAACAGGACAGGAGUCUGACAUUCCCUUUCUGUGGGCUCUCAGCAGAAUCUUUUCCCAGAAAGCUGGUGCAAAAGUCAAGAAUAAGAGGUUUUUCCUGGAGUUCAGACUUUACCUGCAGGUGGUUCUCACCAUCAUAUCCAAGCCUGUAUAGGAUUCCUUAAAUAUGAAAUCCUGAUGGUAAUAAUCUUGUGCUACAGUAUUUGCCUGUUACUCUGAAGAGGACACAGCUACAAUAUCCAUCAGGAAAUGGAUGGAUGCUUACUAACUUUAUAUUUUACUGGAUUACAAAACACUUCUUUUUCUCCCUUCUCCUCAGCUUUAAACACAUUCUGCUGGGAGGAGUUCUAUCAAAUCUGCUAUGCCACCUUUCACACCCUCAUGGCUCCCCCUUUAUGCUGCUACCAGUGGAAUGUUAUUUGUUAGGUUUCAGUAUCUGUCUCUCAUACUGGCUUACAGGCCCCACAAAUAAUUUCUAAAAAGCCUUCUUCUCAGGCAAGGCUUAAAAUGCUUCUGUUCUUGCUUUUCUAGUUCAAUUGCACCCAGAUAGUUGAGUUUUUAUAAUCUCAUUUAAAACAAUAAUCAGAACACCAUUAAGCUAUAAAAUAAAACCUCAUUUUCGAAUAUAUCCCAUGCUUGAUCUCUUUUUUAAGGAUGCUCAUAAACCAGAAUGCGGUGGCUGAGUACUUAAUGUUAUGUGUGAUAACUUGAAUUUAACACAGAGUCCUUGCCAUGCUAUUUCAAGCUUCAUUUAAAAGCUGAGGAGAGCUGAGAAUUUUUAUGGGCUUAUCUUUUACUUACUUUAAUUCUUCUUGGAGUGAGUUAGUGAUGAUUUGAAAGAAAUACAAACAUAAAAACAUAAGAAUGGCUUUCUCCUUCCUGUUUAAACUGUUUCAGCUUUUGUUUUGACUGGACUUUGAGCCAGUGAAUGAAAAAUACAGAAGAGGAAAUACAGAAAAAAAGAAAAGAGGCAGGUAGAAGUGAGGGUGCUUGGUAACUUGAGACUGCAGAAUACAGGAAGCACACGUAUGCAGAGAGAACUUUGGAAGGAACUGGUGCUGAGUCAGGAAGCAGUCAUUCCAGUCUGUCUCUUCCCCAUUUUCUAAGAGCAGUAGCUCUAGGCUUUUGUUUGCCAGUUAAACAUCAAGGUGCUCUCUGACAGUCACACUGGAUCACAGCACUUGCAUGUUUGUUACAUCCUGCAGCACUGGUUGUGCUUACUGAGUAUCUUCAGCUGAGAUCUACUGCGUCUGCACGUGAGCUGGAUUAAGCAACAAUGGCAUUUGUGAAGAGCGGAUGGCUGCUCCGGCAGAGUACUAUUUUACGGCGUUGGAAGAAGAACUGGUUUGAUCUGUGGUCUGAUGGCCGCUUAAUAUUCUAUGAUGAUCAAAAUCGCCAUGAUCUAGAAGAUAAAAUCCACAUGAGAAUCCACUGCAUCAACCUCAGAGUGGGGAAUGAAUGUCGAGAUUUCCAGCCUCCAGAGGGGAAGCAGAGAGACUGUUUGCUGCAGAUUGUUUGCCGUGAUGGGAAGACAGUCAACCUCUGUGCAGAGAGUGCAGAUGACUGCCUGGCAUGGAAAAUUGCUCUCCAGGAUGCCAGGACAAACACAGGCUACGUGGGAUCUGAUGUGAUGUAUGAUGAGACAGCCAUUUCCUCAGCCCCUCCUCCCUACACAGCUUAUGCCACACCAUCACCUGAGGUUUAUGGCUAUGGCUAUGAUCAGUACAAUGGUGCGUAUCCCCCAGUGGGCCCUCAGAUCUUCUAUGCCUCCAAUGGACAAGCUUAUGCUCUUCCUUACCAGUAUCCAUACCAAGGACCUUAUGGCCAGCCCCCUGCAAACCACGUCAUCAUUCGAGAGCGUUACCGUGACAGCGAUGGAGAUCUUGCACUGGGCAUGCUGGCUGGAGCAGCAACUGGAAUGGCUCUGGGAUCAUUAUUUUGGGUCUUCUAGAUUACCCUUUCCUUAUCUCUGUAGUUCCAAAACCCUUUAUUGUGUGCAAUAAUAUAUUGGCAAUGUUGUUUACUGUUAAACUUUGAAAAAUGCAGUAGUUAUUUUUCAGUAGUGACAUCUUAAUAACUGAUUCUUAACUGUCUUAAUGAGAGUUUAAAGGCACCAUUUAGUUAAGUGGUUGGAAAUGGCAUGUGCUGCUCUUGAAUUCUGGUCUGAUGUUCAGAGUUACAAGGAUCAAUAUGAGCACCAGUGGUAGCAGUCACCUGCUUUAUUGGGGGAGGGGUGUAAGAUCUAGUUCAAAUAAGGGAUUAACAGGACUCCUGCAUUAGUAGACACAUACUACUGGCUUUUAAACAUUCCCUGGAAACACAUAGAGUUCAGCAGAGAUUCCUUGGCAUUAGACAGUCUGCCAUGCUUGAGGUUUUUUUUUUUUGUUUUCAGACUUGCAUGCAGAUGGUAAUGUGUUUUCUUAGGUGGAGCCCUGUACCUGCCUCUCACACCAUCCAGGUGAAGUUGUCUCUGAGAAUGUAUGAGCAAACCACUAAGAACUGGCAGCACUCCUCAAUUCUUUUAUUCUCCCAGAAAUGUGAAUGACUGGUGGCAAGGAAGAGCAGUGUUUGUUGUUCUAGCUCCCUCUUUAUCCUGGAUGACUCUUCUCUGGUCAGAUGGAAGUACAAGGUCUUUAGCUUUGCAGGUGUUUGCAGAACAGCAGCCUCAGACACUGCACCAGGUGCAUUGUUAGGAACCAGCCAUUGUCCAGUGUCUGUGCUCAUUACUGCCACGGCUCUGCAGAGGCUGCAGGAGAACUUGAAACAGGAGCUUGAACUGCCCUUGCUCUGCUGGGCCUGCCAGCCCCUCUGCAGGCAGGAACAGUCAGGAGGGGAGAGACAAGCAGCACAAGUAGACCUUGCACACAGGCACUUAGAUAUCAGCUGCCUUGCCAGGGCUAGGAUAGGAGGCCUGCCUCUUAGCUACCAAGGUUUCCUGAACCAGGUUUCUUAUUUGCAACUAAAUUUGAGCACAGCUGAGCCUGGGAAUGUUCUCCUCAGAUUCAGCAGGUUUCCUCUUCCCUCCAUGACUUGUUGAGAAAAACACUCCAAGGAAGCUGCCUGCCUUUGCUUGUAUGUGUGGUUUCUCUACUCAGUGUGCUGUGGCCUGUCCCCAGGAGUGCAGCUGUUUUGUGUGUUACAUGGCUUGUUCUAAUCCAUGCUGAGCUGUGCUUGGCAGGGAAAGAAAGCUCUCAAGAAAUGCAUGGGCUUUCUUGUUCAGGUAAAUAAGGCAGGGUGCCUAAGUUGAGUUCUUAUAGUAAGAGGACUUAUUUUUAUACUUCCACUUUUAGCUUCCUGUAUUUGCAUACUGUUUUAAUGUUAGGUCUUUCUUUUGCUUCCAUUUAGAAGGUUAAUUUCCCUAUGGUUCACAAGGUUUCAUGUCAGGAAAGAUGAAAAUAGAUGAGAACUUGCAUCCGUAUAAAUUUAGCUGAAGUCCCAAUCUCUUCUCCAUUUUAUCCUAAAACUCUCUUAGCUCUGUCCUACUUACUUAGGCAAUAGAGGUCCUGGACAAGAGUUUGUGUAGCAGCCAGGGGAAGCAGUAGGCUUUCAUGAGCCGUAGGACUAACAACCAAAUAGAAUCACUGGAAGUAAACAGACAGAUGUGGCUGCUUUACUAAGAGUGGCCUAAUCCAGGGAAGGUAAACUGCUUUCAGGAGGCUGGCUCUGAGCUGUACACCAAUGUGCAUGCCUGUCCUUUCACAGUUUAACACAAGCUGCAUGUGUUCUGCCGCUCAGAUGUACCCAAAGGACUUUCUGGAAGUGCAAAAGAGGACUAAAGUGAAAGUUUCCUAUUGCUAGUCCAAACCAAAGGAGGUUGCAGUCCACCACUGAAGCUCUCUUUGAGACCUGGUAGCCUUGAGAUCAGAGGGGGAUGGAAUGUGAGUGAACAAACAUGUCUACCCUUUUAAAAAUCCCUUUAAGAGGUGAAUUUGAUUACAGGUCUAUGCUGCUCUUCCGUUUGUGCUUUGCAAUAACAAGUUCUGCAGAACACCUCCAUCUCCUUCUUCCUCUGUGAUUCUUGUAAGGAGUGGGGGAGAAUAAAACAAUUGGGCAUUAUAUGAUUUUUUUAAAUUUCCUAAUGACUGGGAAAGGAUAACACAAAGUGAAUCAACUGGGUUUUUGUUUUGAUUUGGACUUUUUUUUCAGAACUGUUAGUCACAGCAGGGGAACAUGUCUUUUGUGUUUUCAGGAGAUAACUCUGUCUAGGUUCCUGGUUUCUUCAAGUGAAGUAUAUAAAAUAAAGAUUGUUGAUUGCAAAACAUUCCUGGGUUGAAAUUCAAAAGAAAUUAUCUUUUUAAAAUUCAAGUUGAAGUAAUUCUCCAUUAAGAAAAUAACCUUGCACUUCUCAAUGGAAAAACACACUACAAAUUGAAGCCAACAACUCUAGUUUUGGCUUGGAAACAAUGGGCUGCUUUUAUACAAAAAUCACAAACUGUUUUUCUAUCUCAGAAGCACAGGAAUUUAGAAGCCAGAAAUGAAGUGUACAAACCUGUGCUAGAGCAUGAAAUCAAGAGCACAGUUAUCUCCCUGCAGGCGCCUGUAGCCUUUCUGAUCUCACUGCAGAGAGUGAAGUAGCAACAUCCUGGUGCACAAAGCAGCAGCAUGGGGAUUUCCACCUGAAGUCCCUGGUGGUUGAAGCUCAGACUUGCUUCCUGAAGAUAUUCCUGUGUCUCCUGUUGCUCAGGAGCAGGGCAGAGUACUGUGUGGCUGGAUACACAGUCGUGACUCAAUAGCCUUUCUCUGCCCAGCUCUGCACUUCAUGUAUCUGCAGCUGGUGUGGAUGCUGCUGUGAGCUGAGGGAGAUGGGAUUUGGGGCUUGGAGGGACUGUCAGCCAGGUUCUACAGACCAGUGAUACCAUCGUGAUGGGAAGAGGCAGCAGGUGCAGCAAGAUAAUUUUCAAAGCAGAUUGAAAUGAUAGUUUGUUUCUGAAUGCUGCUGUUCAUUACUACAAUUCCAGUUAUAUUUGCAUAGUGCUCAAGCACACAUUCCUGCUGUGGGCCCAAUACUUAAGCCCCCUAAAGCUCUGGGAGGUUCCCAGGUACCACAGUGCCACUGUUUUUGUGCAGUGUACGCUGUCAAGUAAGGAUAAAUCUGUUGUACAGCAGUGCCAGUCUGUUCAGUGUUGGUGCUGAUGGAGGUUAUGAGUCUACAUGUUCUUCUGGGAUUUGUUACUUUGGGACUUGCAGUUAUGGACAGCUGGACAGAGCCAGGCUGCCUGAGAGCGGGGUGGGAAUGCUCAGCCUCCUGGUAAGUCUGACCACAUGAGAGAGGUGAACCAGGACCCCCUCCCACAUUCUUAGUUACAUGUGGAAACAUAGCUGUUGGCUUCUUUUGUGUGAAUUUGAGGAAGAGCCAGUCUCUUCUAGUGAGUGGGUAAAGCUAAUGGACUGGGGAGGAGGGGGUGGGCAGUGUUUCUGUACAGAGCAGCUGCACUGACUUCCAGCAAAGACAUCUCCCCCAGUGCCCAAGCACAUUCCGAGCAGUGUCUAGAUGGAGCCACCCUGAGUGUCAUCCAACACUGGCUUCCUUUGGUUUGUUCUUCAGUGAAGAUUCAGUAGGUGAUGGAACCAGCUACACAAGUGGAGUAGAGGAGAAAAUUCACACCCAUGUUCCUCAGAAGUUUGUGCUUUUCCUCCUCAGCAUAAGACUGUAAGUCAUGGAGGGUAGCAUGCAACAAAUUACCCCUUCAGAACUUUUAUGUUCUUGUGCACUCCCUGUCUUUACUGCAGCUUUUACUGUAUGUCCUCAUUAUCAUUAUUAAUUUAUAGCAAAAUAACCAUAGCAAUAAAAUUCAUAUUUAGUGUAA